AUGCUUGGUGCACACGUGAUGACAACGCCGUGGUCCACUGCACCCCUUGCUCUUGACUCUUCUCGGUCUUCGAUUCGCUAUGUAGUUAAUCUUGCUUGGGGUUAUCAUACUGCUGCAGAUCGUUGGGAAGCAUGGCUUCGUGCUUGGCCAAAAGACGCGAUAUUGAUUAAUUCUCCACCGCUCCUUCUGUGGAAUACUCGCAAAACAUAUUUGAAAGAAUUGGAGAAAGCUGGUAUUCCAAUCGUUCCAACACUGUACGUCGAAGAUAUCAAUGAGAAAACACUGGUUGAUGCUGCAGCACAUUUUGCUACUGCUGAUCUCGUCGUCAAACCUCAAGUAUCUGCAUCUGGUUUUAAUAUGUUACGUAUUUUGGUUGACAAUUCGGACUUUGCUUCAUCACCAAGAUCAGUAAGUGUCACUACAGCACUUAAUGAAUUAAUUCGCUUGGGUAUCGCUCAUUCAGCAGCGAUGAUCCAACCGUUCAUGCCAAAUGUUGUUCGCGAAGGUGAACUGUCGUUACUCUUAUUUGAUGGACAAUUGAGUCACGCAGUUCGAAAAAUUGCUUCAACCGACGAUUAUCGCGUACAGCACGAACAUGGUGGUAUCACAACUGCUGUGGAUCAACCGUCGGCUGAAAUGCUCGAAUUGGCUCAUGCUUCGCUAGCCAUCUGUCCUGAAACUCCUGUCUAUGCACGUAUCGAUAUGAUACGUAAUCACCUGACUGGACGCUUGAGUAUUAUGGAACUUGAACUUAUCGAACCCGAUUUGUUUUGGAAACAUGCACUCGAUGGAGGCAUGAGAUUCGCACGUGCCAUCUUGCAAGUUCGUUCCCAGAAUUGA